AUGGUCAAGCCAAAGGGACCCUUGAUUUUGCUGGCUGCGAUAUCGAAUAUCACUCUUGUAGCGUCGUCGAAAAAACUUCCGAUUGGGAUUCCUGAGAAAUCAUGGGGCGUUGUUGGGUACGAAUCGUUUCAUGGACAACGACCUACCGUUAAGAGAUCUUCUACUCGUACCGAGAAAAAGAGGACUGCACGAGAGGUUGCAAAGGUUCCACUAUCACCACCGCCUCCAACAGCUCCGGAGCGAGUUGUAGAAUCGUCCAAGGAUGCAUCGGAAGAGGCAACGAGUGGUGUUACCAAAUCCAUUGUGGGUGUUGGACUAGCGGUUGCUUCCGCUGCUCUUGGCGGAUCCAUUCUCGCAUCUCGGCAAGAAAAGCCUGAAACGUCUCUCAUUGAAGCAUUCAAUAAGCCAGUGGCUGUCAAGCCGAUGAUUGUGAAAAAUCCAAAAAAGUUGAAGAUUGAACCAGAAGGAGCGAGCGUUGCUAGUGAGAUCAUCUCGCUGGUGAAAGCGAUUGUCGGUGUUGGUGUGCUGAGUUUGCCUGCAGGCGUCGCUGCUUAUGGUAGUGCUCCCUCUGCCUUUGUGCCUGCAGCUAUGCUGAUAAUCGUCAUUGGUGUCAUGUCUGGAUAUGGUUUCUCAUUGAUUGGAAAAGUAUGUUCCUAUACUGGCGCCAGAAGUUAUCGAGAAGCAUGGAGCCUCAGCGUGGGCGAGGACAGUUCCUGGAUCCCUGCUUGGUUUGGAACUCUCAAAACAUUCCUUGCCUGUCUUGCAUUUUCAAUGGUGCUGGGAGAUACCUUCUCCAGCCUUCUGGAAACUGAUAGAAACAAGACACUCUUGAGUGUUACCCUCCUUAUCUUAGCUCCACUAUGCUUGAAGAAGGAUUUGAAAUCGUUGGCACCAUAUUCUUUCAUUGGAGUUUUUGGGAUGGUAUAUACCACCUGUGCCAUGGCAGCUCGGUGGUUGGAUGGAAGCUAUAGUGUGAAUGGUGGCGGCGAGCUUGUCGGGGAGCUGGCACGUCAUUUGAAGCCAAAGUUUGGAGAGAUUGGAAUGAAGGGUGUUCUGUCAUCGAAUGCGUUAAUUUUGGUGUGCAUGUUGAGCACUGCUUAUAUGGCACAUUUCAAUGCUCCCAAGUUUUACACGGAACUUCGAAACAAUAAUGUUCAAAGAUUCAAUUCGGUGGUGUCCUGGGGCUUUGGAAUUUCUAUCUUCCUCAUGGGGUUCAUUACUCUUGUUGGAUUCUUGACGUUCGGGAAGGCCUGUGAUGGACUCGUUCUCAACAACUAUGCUGGAAGCGACAGUUUGAUGGGAAUCAGCCGGAUUGCUGUUUCAUUUUCACUGCUGUUUUCGUAUCCUCUCGCAUUCAUGGGAUGCAGGGAUGGAUUCCUGGAUCUCGCAAAGGUUCCAAUGGAGCGGCGAUCUGCAGGAAUCAUGAACUUUGUCACGAUUGGGCUUCUGGCAGGAAUCACUUACCUGGCAAUUUCUUUGACCGAUGUCAGUUUUGUCCUUGCAUUUGGGGGAGCAAUGCUUGGAAAUGCAUUGACCUAUGUCUUCCCAGCGAUGAUGUACGGAGCUAUAGUCAAGAAGCAAAGGCGAAAGGGUGAAGACUUGGGAGUCUUUGUUGCCAUGAUUUCUGCAGUGCUUGGCAUCGUAAUGGGAGGUAUCGGUGCUGGAAUGGCUCUAAAGAGCUUAGAUUAG